UUACUGGUUCGUUCCUGGAACUCAACGGCCGUGUGUUGAGGCAGACUCUGAACUCUCUGCUCAUGUCAGUGCAAAUUUCAAGUUUGGGUUUUUCUGAAAAUUUCUGAAACCUCUGAACCCACUUUCUUCAUUUCCUGGUCCCCCCAAAAUCAUCUCAAUGGCUUCCUGUAGCCUAGGGACAUCAUAUACUAAAAUUACAAACUUGAACUUGGGUAGAACAAGAGUUGGGAUUUCACAAUCUUAUGAUGCAAGAACUUGGAUACUGCAAAGACCGCAGCUUUACUCAGGUUUAUCAAUAUCAAGACGAUCAGAGAAAGUGUUACAUGUGCGCAGCGCUCCAUCUUUAGAAAUCAUAUCUGCUACAAAUUUAGAAGAUGGUUCUGAAGAGAGUGAUUCUGGUUCAGCAAGCCCGCGCAUUCCAAACUUUGAUGAGAUACAGUCUCUGCUUACAACAAUAUGCGAUACAAGUUCAGUUGCAGAGGUUGAGUUAAAACUCGGUGGAUUUCAGUUACAUGUGGUGAGGGAGUUGACUGAAGAAGGUAGCACUCCACCUCCUCCAAUUCCUGCUCCUGUCAGUGCAAGUACACCUGCUGAAGCACCCGAAUCAAAUGGAUCAGUUCCUUCACAAUCUUUAGCUAUUACUAGACCAGAACCUUCUUCAAGAGAUAUCCAAACAUUAUUAGAUAAAGCUGCUGAUGAUGGCUUGGUGUUAAUUCAGUCUCCACGAGUGGGGUCAUUUAGAAGAUCUCGAACAAUAAAGGGAAAGCGUGCUCCUCCAUCAUGUAAAGAGAAACAAAUAGUGAAAGAGGGCCAAGUGAUUUGCUACAUCGAACAGCUAGGAGGAGAGCUUCCAAUUGAGUCUGAUGUGGCCGGGGAGGUCAUCAAGAUACUACGGGAAGAUGGUGAACCUGUUGGAUAUGGUGAUGCUCUGAUUGCAGUUCUCCCCUCGUUUCCUGGGAUUAAGAAGCUUCAAUAGACAAUUGGUUUGAUAUUUGUGUACUGGAAUAAAGGAAGAUUUGUUCCAAUUUUUUUUUUUUUUUUUGCUCCGCUCAAAUUUAUACUUACCUUUUUUACUGUAUGGCUUUUUUUAACUGGAUGUUUUUGAAUGAGCUCUAUACAUGAAACUGGAUUGGAACUGGCAUGUAGAGGCUUUUACAAGUACCAUUUCCACUAUCAUACUGAUUCUGCUGCCUCUUGCAUGGAGCUAAUUCUAGUAUGCUACCUUGCGGCUCAGCUUGUCUUUCUUGUUUGCCUUAGACCGACUGCUGUUGGAAUUAGGUUUCUUGCCUUGCUCUCUGCUUUUGGCAUUGUCAAAUGAGGGGAGGUUAUGUUGAGAUUUCAGACAAUCGGGCGUGCUUGUUUAGGAUGUGGUAGAUUCGUGUAUAUUGUAUCAAAGUGCUGAACUGCCGAUACAUUAAGUUGACUAGUCCAAUUUAGAGUUAGACUGGCUUCAUGCAUUAGACUAAUUUGAGACCUCUCUAUUGUUGUAUUGAAUAAGUCUACAUUUGUAUAAAUUUAUGUCUAUUUGACGUAUCGGUA